AUGGACGAGGAUGAGAACGCGGAUCCGCUCGAUGCACUGGGGCUGAACAAGUUAUUCAGCGAGUUUAAGGAGAAGUAUGUCCAAUCUGGAUUUGAGGCUGACGGGAUCUCGACAGAGUUCGGCAAGUGCGUUCGGCAAGUGUUGUGGCGCCUUGCAACUGAAGGAUGCAACACUGUUAAUAAAUCUAUCACAGUCCGGUAA